AUGAGUGUGCUAUCUACUGCUAACCUUUCAGAAGAAGGUUUCACUGUUGUUCUAGGCUCGCAAUGGGGCGAUGAGGGGAAAGGGAAACUUGUUGAUAUAUUGGCACAGGAAGCAGACAUUUGUGCUCGUUGUGCUGGUGGAAAUAAUGCUGGUCAUACAAUUGUUGUCAAUGGGUCAAAAUAUGAUUUCCAUAUGCUUCCUUCUGGUUUGGUUAAUCCAAAGUGUGUGUCAUUAAUUGGAUCUGGUGUUGUUAUUCAUCUUCCAUCUUUCUUCGAAGAAGAACUAACUGAACAACUGAAACCAUAUAUUAUAGAUGGUGUAGUUUUUAUCCAUAAAUGUCUAAGUUCAAAAAAGAAAGUCUUAGUUGAAGGGGCUAAUGCUUUAAUGCUUGACAUUGACUUUGGAACUUAUCCUUAUGUGACAAGUUCUAACGCUACUAUUGGUGGAGUCAUUACAGGCUUGGGAAUUCCUCCAUCUAAGAUCAAUAAGAUUAUUGGUGUUGUGAAAGCUUACACAACUAGAGUUGGUGGUGGUCCAUUUCCCACUGAAUUGACUGAUGGGGACUGA